CCUAGCUUUCACUGACUUCAUUAGCAAACGUCGUUGAGUCUCUGCUCAACGCGGAUCGCCGGCUUGCAAGUCGUAGAGAUGAUGACGAACGGCUACCCAUUCACUGGGCCGCCUCUUACAACCGGUUACCAAUUGUCGAGGUACUCGUGGAUCAGAAAGACGUCGACAUAGACGCGCAAGAUGGCGCAGGAUGGACAGCGCUAAUGAUGGCCGCGAGCUUGAGGGACGCCGACGCCUUAGUAGACUUUCUACUUGCUAAAGGUGCUGAUGUCGACAUCAAGACGUACAACGGCCAGACUGCACUCCACUUCACCGCAUCGAAAUCCAACCUGGAUACGGCGCGAAAAUUGAUUGCGCAUAAAGCGUCUGCGAGAGUCAAGGAUCGGCGUGGCCAGCUACCUCUGCAUCGCGCUGCUGCGGUGGGAAGUGUGCCGUUAGUGAAGCUGUUGUUGGACAGCAAGAGUCCCAUCAACGCGACGGAUGUGGACGGGAGUACAGCGCUGCACCACGCUAUAGCAGAGGGCCAUGGGGAUACUGCACUGGUCCUUUUAAAAGCGGGGGCAGAGACGGACAAGGAGGAUGGGAGCGGGUCGCUGGCGCUCGACCUAGCGCCAGAUCCGAAGGUGCGAAACUACAUCCUCAGGGCUGCCGAAGAGGAAGGGGUCGAGGUUGCGUCGAAGAGCGGUGGGAUGAGGAUGGAGAUCUGAUGCUGCGUCGCUGCGGGCUCGAUCGCAAGAAUGCAGUAGGUUGAUCAAAUGCGAUGUAGUAGCAUCUCACCUGCGUCGCUCUUGUUUCGUGUCAUUUGUGCUCUCUGCCAGCUAAUCAGUAGAAUCCAAGGUAACCGCUUUCGGUAGGAUGGGCAAAGAUACUCAGCCGCGGAAGGAUCACGAAUGGGGGCGAAAACGGGAAUUAGUGGCAGCCACCUUGCCGCCUUGAACGAACUAUAUAUUGUGGCAUCUGUCGUUCCUCUCGUAGCUGGCACGGAGACUUGUCGCCGUUAGGG